CCCCCCCAGUGCUUGCCUUCCCCCGUGUCCCUCUGGCCGCCCCCAGCCCCGCAAAGCGCGCCUCGUCCGCAGUGUCUCCAGCCAUGUCUGCCGCGCCACGCAUGAACCUCCGGUCGAAGGAGGGCUUCGAGAUUUCGGUUGCCGCACACCUGGUGGACAAUGCCCUGCUGCGCGCCUUCUUCCUCAUUCCCGGCGACGUGCUGCCCUGCCUGAUUGACACCAAAUCGCUGGCCGUGUACCAUGACCCGGACAAUGACCCGCCCGGGGUGUUCGCCGAACUGGCCGGCAGCCAGUUCCAGGUGGUCACCUACGACGAGGUGUACGGCUCGGACGACGAGGCGGAGCAUGCGCCGGCCGCCGGCCCGGAACGCCGGCCCAUCGAUCCGGCCCGCAUUGAGGGCAUGAAGCAGGCCUUGGAUGCCUAUGUCCAGCGCCACUACACCCCGGCCUUCCCGCAGAUCCUGGCCCCGGAAUUCGCCGAGCAGGUGGGCUUGUGGGCGGCGCCGGAAUUGCUCCGGGCCUUCCAGCUCCCGGUCGAUGCGCGGCUCGGCCCGGCGGCCCCGGUGCCGGAUUGCCCGCCGGAGCACCUCCUCCGGGCCCUGCUGAAGGUCGAAUCGACGGCCAACUUCCUCGUCAGUCUGCCGGUCUUCCGGCUGGACUUCUGCGCGCUUCUCGCUGCGGAGAUUCGCCACUUCAAUGAGGCCGGCAUGCCCACCACGCGCCCGAACAGCAUGAACAAGUAUGGCCUGGCCCUGCUGCAGCUCGGCCUUGACAAGCUCAUGGAUACUCUGAUGAAGUUCUUCCUGGGCCCCUUGUCAAAGGCCCUCUUUGGCGAUGCGCCGGCCCCUGCGCCGGGCCCGGCGCCGGCCGGCGCACACGGGCCCGGAUGCCACCCCCAGCCGGUGUCCACGGAGCUGGCCCUGCCCUCCGGCCCGAAGCCAUGGCCCAACUUCAAUGUGGCCUUCCCCGCGGCCGCGGCCUUGGACUUUGUCUAUGCCUUCGCCAUCCAGUACAACUCCUUCCGGCUGGAGGAUGGCCGGCCGGCCGGCGAUGUGGCCCUCGACCCGCACACGGACGACUCGCACGUCACGCUCAACGCCUGUGUCGGGGACUUCCAGGAGCCCCCGCCCGCUGGGCACCAGCUUGCCCUGCCUGGUGAUGAGCAGGCCGCUGCCCUGCCGGCCGGGUGCACUGCGGUCGCCUUCACCGGCGGGGACCUGAUGCUUCUCGGGGUGUCGGGCGCCCCGGGCGGCGCCAAGCCCGAGGAGGAUCAAGCGGUUGAUGUGCAAAAUUCGGAGCGCCUGUCUCAGGCCCCGGGGCAUGGUCAGCUGCACCUCGGGGCUGUGCGCCAUGCGGCUCUGCCCAUCGACCCGGAUGGCCGUCGCAGCAAUGUGGUUCUCUGGAUGCGUAACACGGCGCCCCGAUGCGCGCACUAGCAUGCGCGCGUGCGCCCCGGGGGCCGGCUGCCGCGCGAUCUACGAUGACGGCGAAGGCCCCUCGAGUCGUGGUGGGGCCGGGAAAAGAUAACGCCGCGCCGGGUGGCAAGGGCAGGGGAGGGAGCAAGCGGGGAAGACCCGCGUGCGGAUCAAGUGAAAAAAAUAGAUUCCCGCCCAGGAAGAAUGCACGGCUGUCUCGGUCCUGGUGUGCCC